CCGAUCGGUCGUCUUGGUACUCGCGAUCGAAAAUGUGGUUCGUGUUGUAUAUUAUUGUGGCCCUGCCGCUGCUGGUGGUCGCCUAUCUGGAGUUGACCACCUUCCGCAGGAGAAAAGUGCUAAACAAGUUCAAGGGCCCCAGCGGCCUGCCCCUCGUGGGGAAUGCCCAUCAAAUGGGCAAGAAUCCCUCAGAGAUACUCGACCAGGUAUUCUCCUGGUGGCAUCAGUUUGGCAAGGACAACUUUGUCUUCUGGAUUGGAACAUACUCAAAUGUGUUGGUCACUAGUUCCAAGUACCUUGAGUUUAUACUCAGCAGUCAGACGCUGAUCACAAAGUCCGACAUUUAUCAGCUAACGCAUCCCUGGCUGGGACUCGGACUUUUGACCAGUACUGGAAGCAAGUGGCACAAGCACCGCAAGAUGAUAACGCCGGCCUUCCACUUCAACAUCCUGCAGGACUUCCACGAGGUGAUGAACGAGAACUCCAACAAGUUCAUCAAGCACUUGAAGAAGGUAUCUGCCGGGGACAGUAUCUUUGACUUCCAGGACCAGGCUCACUAUCUCACCUUGGAUGUUAUUUGCGACACCGCCAUGGGUGUGUCCAUCAAUGCCAUGGAGAAUCGAAGCUCUUCCAUUGUGCAGGCCUUCAAGGACAUGUGCUACAACAUCAACAUGAGGGCCUUCCACCCUCUGAAGAGAAAUGAGCUUCUGUAUAAGUUGGCUCCCGAUUACCCAGCCUAUUGCAGGACUCUAAAGACCCUCCAGGACUUCACCAAUGAGAUCAUCGAUAAACGCAUUGCGGCUCACAAAUCGGGAUCAGUUUCGACCAGUCAAGGCGACGAGUUCACUCGCAAGAAAAUGGCCUUUUUGGAUACCCUGCUAUCGUCCACUAUCGAUGGUCGGCCCCUGAAUUCUACGGAGCUGUACGAAGAGGUCUCCACUUUCAUGUUCGAGGGACACGAUACCACCACUUCAGGGGUAUCAUUUGCUGUCUAUCUGCUUUCAAGACAUCCAGACGAACAGCGCAAACUAUUUGAAGAGCAACGUGAGAUAAUGGGUAAUACUGGAUUGGAUCGCGAUGCAACCUUCCAGGAAAUAUCCCAAAUGAAGUACUUGGAUCUGUACAUCAAGGAGGCCCAGCGCAUCUAUCCCAGUGUGCCUUUCAUUGGUCGAUUUACGGAAAAGGACUAUGUAAUUGAUGGUGAUCUUGUACCCAAGGGUACCACACUCAACUUGGGUCUCGUGAUGCUGGGAUACAACGAAAAGGUGUUCAAGGAUCCGCACAAAUUCCAACCCGAACGAUUUGAGCUGGAGAAACCAGGACCUUUCGAGUAUGUGCCCUUCAGUGCCGGCCCGCGUAACUGUAUUGGACAGAAGUUCGCCCUGCUGGAGAUCAAGACCGUGGUGUCCAAGAUCAUUCGGAACUUUGAGGUUCUACCUGCCCUGGAUGAGCUUGUUUCCAAGGACGGUUACAUAAAUACCACCUUGGGAUAUCCUCCUGCCGAGAGAAAGAAGCGCGAUGCUCAUCGUCACAAAUACGAUCCCAUUCUUUCCGCUGUGCUGACUCUGAAAUCCGAAAAUGGUCUCCACAUUCGUCUGAAGGAGAGGCACUAAAGCGAAAUUCUAUUGA